AUGCCGUGCUAUCAUGACAGGUGGCAUCCUAACCACCACUUGAUUUACAGAGAAGAGCUGAAAAGAGAUGGUGAGGAGGAGGAGGAGGAGGAGGAGAAGAAGAAAGCUGUUUGCUCGUGGUGCCACAAACCAAUAUGGGGUUCCUUUUACAGUUGCGUCGAAUGUUGUAACCAACCUGUUCACGUGUCGUCCUAUGAGCAUUGCUUGGACUUCACAGAAAAGCUGGAAAAUGAUGGCAACAAGAAAGUUUGUUGCUUCGGAUGCGACGAACCAGUAUUGGGUGCCGCCUACAAAUGCUCCAUCUCCGAAUGCAGCUUUCUAAUUCAUAAAUCAUGCACUGAGCUAUCUUAUCAUAUAAACCACCAUUUGCACCCAAACCAUACUCUUUCUCUCCAAACGCUAAACAAAAAUCGUUGUGAUACUUGUUGUAGAUCUCAUGAUAGAUCUUUCUUUUACCGUUGUACUUCGUGCAGCUUCAAACUUGACAUCAAAUGUGCUCAUAACCCUUUGUCAGUUAAUCCUAACGACUGCCAUCAACAUGAAUUCUUCUCUCUCGGGAGGCGGAUUCAGUUCAAUUGCGAUGCUUGUGGAGAGGAAAUCACGAACCUCGCCUACAAAGUAUGUAGUAUUUGCAAGCUCUUGGUUCACUAUAGAUGUGCUGAAAUUCCACGAAAAGUCAAAAUUAAGCUACACAAUCACAUCCUCAAUCUCAUCUAUUCUCUUCCUGAAAUCAAGAAGCAUGACGACACAUUCUGUAGAAUCUGCUAUGAAAAGGUGAAUAUACAGUAUGCAGCUUAUUAUUGUCAAGAAUGUAGUUAUAUUUUCCAUACGGAAUGCUUAAGACGUUUUAGGAAUAUGUACGGGGAGUUGCCUACAACUAGUGAGUCGGUGCCCAAUAAAUCUGUUGGUCAUGCAACUCAUUUGAUCAAGGCGCUCAAUCAAGCAGAGGAUGAAGGACCUCACCUUGGGGAGAUUCAACAUUUUAGUCAUCAACAACAUAAGUUAAUCAUCUAUAGUGGUGAGAUCAAGAAUGAUAUGCUUUGUCAAGGGUGUAUGGAAUUGAUCAUUUCGGCCCCGUUUUACGGCUGUGUGGAAUGUAACUUCUUUAUCCAUACUCGAUGUACUAAACUUCCCACAAGGAUUGAGCAACACCGACUCGAUCUAUUUCACACACUCACCCUCCUCCCACGGGCAUCUACCAAGAGUGGCGUGUUCUUUUGUGAUAUCUGUUCUCGUCAUCAUCAUGGCUUCACCUACGAAUGCAACACAUGUUUUGGGGGCAAAACCCUUGACGUUCAAUGUGGUUCAAUUCCAGAAAUCCUUAAACAUGAAGGUCAUCAACAUUCUCUUUACCUUGCUCUAGAUUCUCAUCAUAGAAAAUGCAAAGCUUGUCCUAAGGACAACGAAGAGUAUGUAUUUGUAUGCAUUAGUUGCAAUUUCAUCUUGGGAAUCAGAUGUGCAAAUCUUCCACUAGUAGCGAGGCAUAAAUAUGAUACACAUCUCCUCAAGCUCACCUACAGUACUACUGUAAAAUAUUCUGGAGAAUAUUAUUGUCUAAUUUGCGAAGAAGAAAGAGAUCCGAACCAUUGGUUCUAUUACUGUGAAGAAUGUGACUUCCCUGCUCACCCUGAAUGUGUUCUUGAGAAAUAUCAAUGCAUGGUGAUUGGAAGUACUCACAUAAGUGAAUAUCACCAACAUCCUCUCACUUUUGCGAAGAUUGAUCAAGACUCAAGAAGUACUUAUGUAAGUGAAUAUUACCGGCAUCCUUUCUCUUUAUUCAUGAAGACUGAAAACUCGCCCAAAUGUCAGGGCUGUGGGGAGCUAUUAGAUGGUGUGGCACUAGAAUGUUCUCAAUGCAAAUUCAGUGUCCAUCCUCCUAGACCCUACUUUCCUGAUUGUUUGUGGAAACUAAGUAAUCAGGAAUAA